AUGGGGAACAUAGGGUUCCGCCUGUGCCCCUGGACAGAUCCGGCCCCUUGGACUUCGUACUUCGUACUCGUACACCCACACAUGGCCUGGAGGACCUGCUUGACUGGGAUUACCAACAAAAGACGCGUCCAGCCUCAUGGUCUGUCGUCAUGUCUUGAGUUGAGCCACGAGCAUCACGGAGACGCAGCCAAGGCACGAACAGAGCCGGCAGUGCUGGAAGUUUUAAGGUUCAAGUUCAAGACGCGGUGGCGGUGGACCUUGCUAGUCCGUGAAAGGCAGGUCCCCGUCGCGGCCCUCGGUGAGCAGUCAGCUGUCGCCCUGUGCCAUCAGCGGAUUCCCAGGAACAAGGGUAUAACGUGA